AUGAAACUAAUGACAUGCAGUGAGGAAAAUUAUAGUUCCUCAGAUGCUAACGAUGAUGAGACAAGGUUUGGCCACACUUUUACCAAAGGUAAAACCUCCGCAUAUGUGAAUAACUUUUUAGCCCCAAUGUGUCUUCCAUUUGGUCUGAAAUCAGCUCCUCAGGUUUUCACAAAGUGUACCAAACCUCUUAAUGUCUUUCCUCAGAACUCAAGGUCAUCGGGGAGUAAUUUACAUAGACGACUCUCUGUGGAUAGCACAUUUCAAGCACAGGAGAUGUGUACCAAAGUCCUCAAAGUCUUCCAGCAGGCUGGAUUUUUCAAGAUAAACAGUGAUGGAGAAGUAACACUGAAUCAGACAAUUGAUUAUGAGGAUGGAGAACACAGUUUUAUUCUUACUGUGAAGGCCACUGACAGAAAUGAUAGCAGUCUCACAAGCACAUGUAAAGUGAUGAUCAGUUUGAAGGACGUUAACGAUGAGAAGCCAAAAUUUCAGCAGAGAGUAUAUAAGUUUAGUGUAGGAGAAAAUCAGGCUGUAGGGACUGAAGUAGGGGAAGUGAGAGCCGUGGACAAAGAUUCAGACUCGGUACUGCAGUACUCAAUGGACCCGGGGAAUGAGAACUUCUGUUUGAAUUCUACAUCAGGGAUAAUUACAACAAAUACAAUAUUUGAUUUUGAAAAUACUACAUCAUAUAACUUCACUGUCAGUGUCAGUGAUGGAAAUCAAAGUGAUGUGGCUACUGUUUCUGUGGAGAUCAGAGAUAUGAAUGACAAUGCACCAGUCUUCAAUGCUUCAGUAUACAAGGCAUACAUUCCAGAAAAUUCUACAAACAAGACUAUAUUGAGAAAUAUCAGUGCUAGUGAUAGAGAUGAAGGCCAGACAGUAACAUACGCCCUGAAAAACAAGAGAGAAUUGUUUUCAAUAGAUAAAACAACAGGAGUCCUGUUCUUAAAGAAUGAUCACAAUACAUUGGAUUAUGAGAGGCAGCAAACAUAUGUGUUGCAACUGAUAGCCAAAGAUGAUGGUCAGCCUCCACUGUCAGGGGAGGCUACUGUGGAGGUUCACCUGACAAAUGUAGAUGAUACUUGUCCAGUCUUUAGUUCAUCUCUGUAUACCGUGGCUAUCAAAGAAAACAAAACAUACAACGACAUCCUGCAGGUAAGUGGACAGGUGUCUGCACAAGAUAAGGACACACCCCCAUACAAAUUAGUUUACCAAGUCAAAAAUAAUGAAAAGUUUACUUUUAAUGGGAAUAAACUAGUACUAGAAAAUCAGACUACCCUAGAUGUUGAUAAUGAUCAGUCUACAGAUAUAAACUUAACAGUAACUGUCACUGACAACUCCAUACGUAGCUGUAACAGCACAUCCGUAAUCCGAAUAACAGUAGAGAACAUCAACGACAAUCCACCAGUGAUCAACACCAGCUCCUGUCUGUAUCCGAUAGCUCAGAACUCCUCCGGACCUCUAUGUAGUGUUAGUGCCACCGAUGCUGAUCUGAACAGUGGUAGUUUUACAUUCUUUCUCACACAGUCCUAUGGAAUAUUUAGCAUUGACACUGACACUGGUGAACUAUCAGUACUGCCAGACAAGGCACUGAAGGCAAAUUUUACAUACAAUGUCAGUCUUGUAGUCAGUGAUCAUGGCAGUCCCCCCCUCAGGAGUAAGGCAGUCAUCAAAAUUUUUGUCAUUGCUGCAAACAAUUUCAGUCCUGUGUUUUCCAACAAGACUGUAACAGUUGAUGUUAAGGAACAUUUGUUUCCCCAUUCUGUAUAUAAUAUGACAGCUACAGAUCAUGACAAUGGAAAAGAAGGGGAAAUAAUGUACAAAUUGGUUGAAGGGGAUACAGCUUUUAAAAUCAACCCUUUAACAGGGGAGAUUACUCUAAAUAGAACACUGAAAUGUGAUAGACACGACAAGCAUUACACAUUGAAAGUAGAAGCUAAAGAUCAAGGCUUUAACCCAAUGUCUUCUACAGGGACUGUUACAGUGAAUGUUAUCAAUGUUAAUGAAGAGCCUGAGUUUAAAGAUAUCGUCUUUGAUGUCUGUGUCAAUCCUCCCAUAAAGAACAACACCAGCAUUGCGAAAGUUACUGCUAAAGAUUUUGAUUCUAAGUGCACGGGAAACAAAGAAGAUGAUCAAGUUACAUACAGCUUAAUAGAUCCUUCACAAAACUUCAAAAUUAAUGACCAUGGAGAAAUAUUUACUGCACAGAAUAUAGCUUCUCAAAAUUUCAACUUUAGCCUGCAGGUCAUAGCCACUGAUGUCCAUGAACUCAACAGUAGCAAAACUUAUUUCAUUUCAUCUGGCAGAAAGGGGGAGCCUGUGAUUAAACCUAAAGUCAAUGAAGUCAACAUCUCAGAAAAUCACACCAGAAACACAAUUAUAACAAAGAUCAAUGCAACUGGUGAUGGUAAAAUCUCGUAUAACAUCAUCAAAAUAUCAAAACUGAGGGAUGCCUUCAAAAUAGAUUCUAACACUGGAGAAAUCAGUUUGUUACGUGAACUGGAUAGAGAAAAAGAUGGAGACCGUAUAGAUAUGGUUAUUCAAGCUUCAAAUGAGAAUGGAAAUUGCAACUCUCAGGUUAUUAUUCAUAUUGAGGAUGUCAACAAUAAGUCUCCAUAUUUUACGGGUAUUCCAUACAAUCUUCAGAUUGAAGAAAAUUCUUUCAAAACACACAGGUGUCUUUUGACAUUAUUUGCCAAGGAUCUGGAUUUGAAUGAGAAGCUAAAUUUUAGUAUUGUAAAUGCCAAUCUGAACGUGUUUAAACUAUCAACUGUUGAUGGUCAGCCAAAUCAAGCUCAAGCCUGUCUUCAGAUAAACAGAACACUGGAUGCAGAGACUGAUCCUAAGGAUAUUAGUUUACAGGUGGGGGUCAGUGAUGGCAUUCAUUCCAACGAUACAGAAGUGAAGAUCACAGUGAUGGAUAUAAAUGACAACUUGCCCAAGUUCAACCAAACAAGCUACUCUUUCAAUGUUUCAGAGGGUGUUUCAUUGGGAGGACUGGACCCUCCUCACAACAUUUCUGCAUAUGAUAGGGAUGGACUUGACAAAAACAAAUUGAGAUAUGAAAUUAUACCUCAUGAUAAUCAGAGUUUGCCUUUUGAGUUGGAUCCCAAGACAGGUGCUCUCAGUGUUGGACACAAGCUGGAUAGGGAAAACAAAUCAUUCUAUUCUUUUGAAGUAUCUGUUCAGGACAGUUGGAAAAACCACACGGCAUCUACCUGGGUAAAUAUAACAGUAUUUGAUGUCAAUGAUAAUACACCGACAUUUGUGAACAAAAACAUGAUCUACUCUGUUAGUGAAGGUGAGUACAUGUAG